GAGCGAGGGGAGGGACGGGGCCCCGGAGCGGCUCGGCGGGCAGGGCCGGCAGGCACACACAGACACACAGACACACAGACAGACGGACACACAGCGCGGCGGCAGCCACAGCAGCGUCCGUCCGUCCCAUCCCGGCCGUGGGGCUCGGCCGGCCCCGCCGCUGCAAACUUCUCUCCAUGGCUUGAAUGGAUAUUAGAGCACAUCUCUCUGAUGGAAUGUACAACCCCAGAUGAUCUGAUUGUUCAAGAACUGAAUUCCAAGAGAAAGAAUACAGUUCUUCCUACAAUUUGCUUGUUUUAAUGUAUGGCUUACUCUCAAACACAAAACCUGAGUUUUAAUUUCUGUAUGCAGAAAGGCAAGGGUCUAUCUUCAGUAAACCCUCAUCAGGGCGGUCAGCAACAGGACACAGGUGGAAGGAACUUCGAAGCACCACGAGGAGGUGAAAGGAAAUACCCAGCUUGUCCUUUUUUAAGCCCAUUUGGGGAAGAUGAAGCUUCUCCCCUAUGGCUGGAAGUAGUGGAGUCAAUCUGUUCAGCCUGAGCCUGGGGUGGUAACUGGCAGGCACCUGCCUCAGCCUUUCCUUUCUGCCUUACACUGGACCCUGCCUUGUGGGGGCAGCACCACGGGGCAAAGAUGGUUGUGGUGAGGAGGAGGAAUGUGAAAAUGUUCACCUUCGCCUUUCUGCUCAUCACAGUGACCUCAUUUCUGCUGAACUACACACACCAGGUGACCACAACCACCUGGGACCCCAGACAUCUGGUUGUGCAGUUUUCAGAGCAUGUCCAGAAACUCUUCAAGUACCCCAGGAGGCCCUGCAGCUGCCGCACGUGCAUUUCAGAGCUGGGACAUUCCCUCUGGUUCGACCAGAGGUUUAACUCAACUAUGCAACCUUUCCUGACCUCACAGAAUGCCUUGAUCCCAGAAGACAGCUACAGGUGGUGGCUGAAGCUGCAAGGAGAGAAGGCUCCGCGGAGCCUGAACUCGACGCUGGCAGAGCUGUUCGGGGUGAUCCCCGGGGACGGGGACCCGCUGCAGGCCCGCGGCUCCUUCGGCUGCCGGCGCUGCGCCGUCGUCGGCAACUCGGGCAACCUGCGGCAGGCCCGCUACGGCCGCGCCAUCGACGGCCACGACUUCGUGCUCAGAAUGAACCGUGCCCCCACUGCUGGCUACGAAUCAGAUGUUGGGAGCAAGACCACUCACCACUUUGUUUAUCCUGAGAGCUACAAAGAGCUGGCAGCAAAUGUCAGCAUGAUCCUGAUCCCCUUCAAAACCCUGGACCUGCGCUGGGUUGUCACUGCUCUCACCACAGGCACCAUCAACUUCACAUAUGUUCCAGUUCCAAGGAAAAUCAAAGUCAAAAAAGAAAAGAUCCUGGUUUAUAAUCCAGCUUUUAUGAAAUACAUCUAUGAAAACUGGCUUGAGCAUCAUGGGAGAUACCCCUCCACAGGCCUUCUGUCUUUGAUGUUUGCUCUCCAUGUAUGUGAUGAGGUGAAUGUGUAUGGCUUUGGAGCAGACAGCAAAGGACACUGGCAUCAUUACUGGGAAAACAACACUUCAGGUGGGGCUUUCCGGAAGACAGGCGUCCACGACGGGGACUUUGAGUUCAAUAUAACUUUGACUCUUGCCUCCAUUGAAAAAAUAAAAUUUUUCAAGGGCAGAUGACCCUUGCCACAGGGACAAGUGAGGGCUGCAAUUUCCAGCAUGCAGCAGAGCAAAGGUCAGUGAGGAUGAGGCACCAGCCAGGUUUGAGUGCAUGGGUCUGCGGUGGGUUUGGAGCAUCUCACUCUGCAGGGAGCGAGGCCGGGCUCCCAAGCUGCACAUGAUUCCUGUCUGUGGAGAGCCAGGAGCUACCAAUCACUUGUGGGAAUAAAUUAAUCUCUGCUUAGGCUCUACAGCUGGAUUCUUGAAUUCCUGAUGAAAGAUCUGCCUGUUGCAAUUAGAGGAAGCCUGAGCACAGGAACUGCUGUCUGUGUGUCUGUUCUUUCCUCGAGCAAGGCAGGAGAUCCUUGAAGAGGAGUGAAAAUGACUUCUGGGACUUGGGAUCUGCUAAGGCAGCUGUGAACAUCAUAGUAAGGAUUACCUCAAAGAAAUGAAUUCACUUCUGCUGUUGAUCUUCUUUUUGAACCACCUCUUCUCUGUUCUCUUAUUACUUCUGUUUUCUUGCUGUAUUAAGGAAAAACAUGAUGAAGUUGCCUGGAGGAGUAAAUAUUUCAACCAUU